AAAGACUCACACGCUCAAACACAACAACUGAAGAAGCCGCAGCUGCGUUGACCGGAAGAGCGUUUGUGUUUGACACUCCAGUUGCUGUCUGCAAACAUGAGUGUCCCAGACUACAUGCAGUGUGCUGAGGACCAUCAGACCGUCCUGGUGGUGGUCCAGCCCGUGGGCAUUGUCCCAGAGGACCAGUUCUUUCGUAUUUACAAACGCAUCGCUAGCGUGAGCCAGGUCAGCGUACGGGACUCCCAGCGUGUCCUCUUCAUCCGUUACCGUCACCAUUACCCCCCUGAGAACAACGAGUGGGGGGACUUUCAAACUCACCGCAAAGUCGUGGGUCUCAUCGCCGUGACCAGCUGUACCACGGCCAAAGAGUGGCCGCAGACGUCGGACCGAUUUCACGGGCAGAAGGAAGUGUUCGGCUCCACGCUGUACGACUCUCGGCUGCUGGUGUUCGGGAUGCAGGGGGAGGUGGCGGAACAGCAGAGGACGGAUGUGGCCUUUUACCCCAGCUACGACGACUGUCCUGAUGUGGAGAAACGGGUGGAAGAUUUCGUAGAGUCCAUAUUUAUCGUCCUGGAGUCGAAAAGGCUGGACAGGGCGACAGAUAAAUCCGGCGAUAAGAUUCCACUGUUGUGUGUGCCGUUCGAGAAGAAGGACUUUGUUGGGUUGGACACAGACAGCAGACACUAUAAGAAACGCUGUCAGGGCCGCAUGAGGAAGCACGUGGGAGAUCUAUGUUUGCAGGCGGGAAUGUUACAGGAUGCCCUCGUCCAUUAUCACAUGGCUGUGGAGCUGCUGCGAUCCGUCAAUGACUUCCUCUGGCUUGGAGCUGCUCUGGAGGGUUUGUGCUCUGCAUCUGUCAUCUUCCAUUACCCAGGAGGCACAGCGGGGAAGAGUGGAGCCCGCAAACCCGGAAUCUCGUCUGCCGCAGACGCAGGAAAGAGACACAGACCUGGCGCUCAGGAAGUUCUCAUUGAUCCAGGUGCUCUGACGACCAGUGGGAUCAGUGCAGACACAAGUACUGAGAUCGGACGAGCCAAAAACUGCUUGAGUCAGGAGGAUAUCAUUGAGAAAUACAAGGAGGCCAUCUCAUACUAUAGCAAGUAUAAGAGUGCUGGAGUGAUUGAGCUGGAAGCCUGCAUUAAGGCUGUCAGAGUUUUAGCCAUUCAGAAGCGAGCCAUGGAGGCGUCAGAGUUCCUGCAGAAUGCUGUUUACAUCAACUUGGGCCAGCUUUCAGAGGAGGAGAAGAUCCAGCGUUACAGCGUUCUCUCAGAGCUCUACGAGCUCAUUGGCUUUCACCGUAAAUCUGCGUUUUUCAAACGUGUUGCUGCCAUGCAGUGUGUCGCCCCCACCAUCCCUGAGCCGGGUUGGAAGGCCUGUUACAAACUCCUGCUGGAGACCCUGCCGGGAUACAGCCUCUCUCUCGACCCUAAAGACUUCAGCAAAGGAACACAUCGUGGAUGGGCGGCAGUGCAGUUACGGUUACUUCAUGAGCUAGUUUAUGCAUCUCGUCGAAUGGGGAACCCUGGGCUGUCGGUCAGACAUCUGUCUUUCUUACUGCAGACCAUGCUUGACUUCCUCUCUGACCAGGAGAAAAAAGAAGUGACUCAGAGUUUGGAGAACUACACAUCAAAGUGUCCAGGUGGAAUGGAGGUGAUUAACCUUGCCGACGGACUUAAACUUCCUCCUGUUCCGUUCACCAAGCUGCCCAUUGUCAGAUCUGUGUCUCUGCUGAAUCUGCCGGUGAGUCUGCGUCCUCACAAGGUGAAAGGUCUUCUGGGACAGGGGAUGUCCACAGCCAGUCCAUUCAUCUACUCGCCAAUUACAAUGCACAGCAGAGGAGACGAGCGCUCCAAAAAGAUUGAUUUCCAAUGGGUGCAGGGUGACGUGUGUGAGGUGCAGUUUAUGGUCUAUAACCCUAUGCCAUUUGAGCUACGUGUAGAGAAUAUGGGUCUGUUGACGUCAGGUGUAGAUUUCGAGUCCCUGCCUGCUGCUCUGUCAUUGCCAGCUGAGUCUGGCCUCUACCCGGUUACUUUGGUUGGAGUUCCACGCACCGCAGGAAACAUCACAGUCAACGGUUACCACACAUCAGUGUUUGGGGUGAGCAGUGACUGUCUCCUGGAGGGCCUGAGCGGGGUAAAGAGCAGUGGCUGUAUGGUGGAGGUGGUGCCGUCACUCCCACGGCUACAACUCUGCACGUCCUUACCAAGGUCUGCUCAUUUGUCCAGUGAAGAUCUGUCCAGCAGUGUGUCCCUACAACUGUUUAACGGAGAAACACAAGAACUGACCAUCACGCUAGAGAACAUCGGCACAGAGACGCUGAACACACUGGAGCUGACAUUUAAAACACUCAGCACUAAAGAGAAGUUGUUUGGUGAAUUCUUGAGCUGGGACCUGCAAGACGCUCUGUCUCGCCUGCCAUUGAAAUCCGGUCAAUCUGUGUCCAUCCCUGUCAAGAUACGGGCCAAACUGGACUUCUCUGGUCAGGAGAACCUGUUACACGACCUUAAUGAUGAUGGUAUCAGUGUAACAGGUCUGCCAGUAUCCAGUCCACUGCGACAGGUCCUAAAGCAACGCUCUGAAAAUAAACCAGUCAGCACUGACAGCAACAAGAAUGAAUACAACCAUGUCAAGGUGCUGGAGGCCGUGUUGACCUUUAAGUACAGUGGAGGUGCCGGGCAGGUGGAGGGGUAUUACCGUGAACUCAGUCUGGGAGUCAGAGUGGAUGUUGAACCUUCAGUGUUCUUCACGAGAGUCAGCACUCUUCCUGCCACCAGCACUCGUCAAUGUCAUCUGUUGCUGGACGUGUUUAACUCAACAGAACAUGACCUCACACUUUCUGCAAAGAACAACCAGGACCUGGUGCUACACGCCAGCGAGUGUCAGAGGAUGGCCAUUCGGGUGGAUAAGUUUGACUUUGAGAGCAUGCCUGUGACGGAUCAUGAUGCAUUGCGGCUGGCCACGGUUCGCCAACAGGAAGAGAAGAGACAACAGGUGCAGGGAGGACUCAUCAACAGCACAUUGGACAUCCACUGGACCAUCUCGUCGCUUCAGCGUCAUGGAGAGGCCAGUGUGGAGGGCGUCCUCAACCAACUCAUUCUGGAACAUCUGCAGCUGGCCCCUCUACAGUGGGAUGUUGUGGUAAAUGGUAAGCCAUGCGACUGUGACAUAGUUGCUGACUGCAGGGUCGGAGAUGCUGUGUCGUUAGAGGUGAAACUGACCAAUUGCAGCAAGAGCGCCGUCGGCCCGUUCUCUCUGACCAUCAUCCCCUUCCAGGACUACCAGAAUGGAGUCCAAAACUAUGACUUGCAGGACGCAGUCACUUUCAUUGGCUCCAACACCUUUUACAUCGGCUCGGUGAACCCUGCGGAGAACUCUGUCUGUAUUGGAGCGCUGCUCUUCUUAUACACUGGAGAUUUCUACCUGAACAUCAAGUUUCAAGAUGACAGCACGGGCCGCGACCUGCCGCCCACAUGGUUCUGUUUACCCAGCGUCCACAUCAAAGCCCAGGAGCAAAUUGAAGCGGCCGUCUGAUCCUGUGACCACUGACUUUGACCUGAAUGACUUGUGAAUUGGACCUUUGUCUCUUGCGAGGGAUCUGCUGUUGUCAAGAUGACUACUGAUCUGCUCUAGAUAGUCUCUACAGUCUAGAGCAAGUAAAAUCUUAUUUAAAACGCUUUUAGAGUAUGGAGAUGUUUAAAUGUAUGCCAAAUAGGAUGCUUUAUGGUCAGUUUGAUGGUUAUGAAACGAUUGUGCUCAUAGUGUUUCUGUAUUUGGACUGUUAAGAGACAGCCAGGCAAUCAAAAUAUUUCAGGUAACUGUUAAGUGAAAAUGUCAAUGGCAUUCUUACAAUUUAGUCUUGAAACUUUUGGUGCCUCGAAAUCUGGCUCUUUGACAUGUAAGGGUAUGUUGUUGCAUAUGCUACACUUCAUGACAACUACACAUUAUGCUUUUAGUGAGUAAAUCUGACCAAAAUGUAUUUAGGUCAUAUUUCACCCCAAAAUCAAAAGAAUAAAAAUAAUAAUAUUAAUAUUAAAAUAGUAAUAUUGUACGACUUGUCAGAUUGCUGUGAUUAUUUAAAACGUCCCAACUUUGAAAUGUUAUGUUCAAGACAGUUCUAACUGUAAGACAAACAGCACUGAUCAAAGAGUUUUGAAUCAUAUUAAUGACAUUUCAACUUUUCACAUUCAUCUCAAUUAGUGUGAGUUGAUGAGCCGAGACACUUAUACGUACACACACACAGAGGCUCUGAAUAAUGAACCUGCAAACAAGCCCAGAACAUAAACUUUUAAAUCUUUACGCAACAGGCCUCACUGAGUUCAGUUAUAAGUGUGUAUGCAUACGUGUUAACUUGUGUACGCAUAUUUGCUGAUUGAAAAUAGUGUGUGUCCUUGAUGUCCGGUUGCUUGUGUGUGUGUGUGUGUGUGUGUGUGUGUGUGUGUUUUUUUCGUCAUGAAUGAGAUUAUCUCAGCGCAGGUUCCCUGACAUUGACUUUGAUGUGAUGUGUCUGCAUAGGAUGGAAAAAUUCAGUGACUUCAUCAAACACGCACGCACACACCAAAAUACAUUUAAAACUGGGUGAAAUGCAGAACACUUUCAUGUUAAUCUUCUUAAAGGGAUAAAAUUCCACCAAUGCUGUUUUACUGUUCCUCUUAAACACACACACACACAGUUCUUCUAAACCUGCAACACAUCAAAGGUUGUCACUGUUGGCCCAUGACAUCAUCCAUUCCAAACUAUCCAUUCUAACUUAAUCUAAGUCUUAGGCCACGUCCACUCUAAUCUGUAUUUUGUCUGAAAUCGCAUUGAUUUCACGACAUUUAAGCCUCUCAUCCACACUGGAAUGGCGUUUUCCUCCAAUGAAAAUGGAGCAUUUAGAAAAUGCUCUUUAUUACUGCAUACUUUGUAAAUCGAUGCGUUAGAGUAUUAGCAAAAAACAAAAACAAAUUAGUGUGGAUGUGGCUUUAGGGACCUUCACUUAGGAUGCAUUUUCAUGCCCAUCUGUACUGUUUUAGAAUUGUUUUUCAUGCACUAGAUGGUCAUCUUUAACCUCGUGCCACCCCACGUCCACAUGAGUGGACAUUGAAUUUUGGCAUUGCUAUACGCAACGCAUCAUUUAAAUGAAUUAAAACCGACUGAAUACGGUUCGCAAGACUCUACACUGUAAUUUAAGGGUUAAACUUCUGGUGCACCGCGUCACAUGACAACAGCAUGACAUCAAUUUCCAUGAAGUGCAACUACGUUCACAGCGCUAACAAAAGUGCCUCUGGUAAGAAACCUCUUAAAGUUUUUUGAUUGAAAACUGUUCGUUAUUUUGAGUAAUUUUGAACAAAUGUGGGUCAUUUCUCUUCAUUACAUUUUGUCACAUUUUAUUUUUUAAUCACUGUACAAUACUGUUCUAUUCAUUAACAUUAGUAAGUGCAUUCCUAUAUAUUUACAAUGCAUUUUCACACUAAGAAUAAAUGUAUUCAUGCAAAAGCUGAACAGAGGCUUUAUAUGGAGAUGGAUGAAAAUAAGGUGCAUUUCGAACUGUUCUGAGACCAGUGCAGACAGACAGCACACUGGAGGUUAAGUCAUUCAGUAAAAAGGGUGCAUCCUAUAGUUUUCAAUGCAGUUAAGUGCAUUCAAUCCUAAAAUCCAACCAAAAGUUCAGUUUCAGGCUGCAGAUGAUGUUUGGACCACUCACCAUGUUUGGUUGACAAGGGACAAUGAUAAUCAGUACAUAGAUUCAGAAUUUUAUAAUGCACAUUUUAUUUUAACAUGGUUGGCAGUGAUUGGAUGAUGCUGGCCAUUACUUUAAAUCAGAAUGAUUAAUUCAGCUUUAUAGAAAAUCAGCUGUAAUGUCUGUAAUGUCUCAAAAACAUGAAUAACCAACAUUCCUGGACACAAAUUAUUUGAUGAAAAAAUCUGACUUUCUAUAGCUUGGUAUUACUUCAAAUUACUUCAAAAACUUACUCUCACUGUCCAGAUAUGUGGACAUAAUUUUAAAAAAAACGAUUUGCUCUAGAAUGUUUUUUUUUUUUGGCUUGUUUAUUAGGUGCUACUAGUUACAAAUCAAAAGGGAAAUGGAAAAUGCACACAGCAGUCACGCGGGGGUCUCAGGAGGUUAAACGCUGCAAUGCAUCUCAGUGCUUUUCAGCAUCUCGUGGUGAGCGCUGCAUUUUUAAGACACUAUCAAGUUUUAAAAAUGCAUCUCGAGACACCUGCAAUCUAUUCUCAAGAACACAUUCUGUAUGAGUGGCCCCUUGGGCCAGUGACUAGCAAUUUGUCUGUCUGCACUGAACAUGAAACUGUGAUUUGAGGUAUUUAAUGUACAGUUGCCCUCAGUGAUGGUUUACUUGCUGCUUAGUGUUUCAAACUAAAAUGAACAGACUUGCAACCUCAUAAACAUUGGGAAAAUCCAGCUGCUAGUUCUUCCUUGAAAGUUCUUGUUGUAGGAACCUGGAAACUUGUAAACAAAACCUAUCAUUGAAAGCGCUUUACAAUUUUGUGUUUGAUUUGCAUCAUAUGUCUGUUCGCAUGCUUUCUGAGGCUGAGACUGUGUAAUGUGUGUCCUUAUUAAAAAAACAAAUACAAAAUCCACACACUCUACUGCAACCAAAUAUCGAACUCGGUCUGGUUUUGUAAGUACACACUUCUGUGGUUUAAGUGCACUUUCACACACUCACCAUCGACCAAUAUUUACUGAAGUGCUCUUAGAGCACAUAUAAGAAGAACAAGAGACUGUUGAAGUUACUCUUGCUGAUUCAGACACUUAGAAAGAGAAAUCCAAUGAAUAAAUGGUUUAGCAUACAAGAAUGGGUCAGUCCCAUUUUGCAAACUUCCACACUAAUCUAAACUAUUUUAUAAUACAAGUUGUGCGAUUAAUGUCUUCUAACUGAAAAGUGCAACGAGACAUAGUGCACUGCGAGUACCAGAAUUAUGCACUUGCACAAUCGCCAAACAAAGUGUUGCACACAGU